UUUUUUUUUUUUUUUUUUGCUUUUCAGUCUUUCCUUUCAUCAUGGGCAAACGUAACCGAGCUGCUUUGUUGCCGACGCAUUUACCUCAAUUGCAAAACUUGAUCAAGCGUGAUCCCAAGUCCUAUGAAGCCGAAUUCUUGCAGCAAUAUCGACACUUUCAAUCGAUGUUGUCGAUCUUUUGUUUGAAACCCGACGAGGAAAGCAAAGAACUGGCAGAAUUGGUCACCUUUAUGAGCCAAGUAUGCAGUUGUUAUCCAAAAGAAACCGAGAAUUUCCCGCAACAGCUCGUCGAUCUACUCAAGGAAUACUGUACUGUGCUUCAUCCCGAAGUGCGUCGAAGCUUAGUGCAAGCUCUCAUUCUUUUGCGCAACAAAAACGUUCUUGAUAAUACCCGACUUCUUCCUCUGUUUUUCACCUUGUUCAAGUGCAGAGAUAAGCAACUGCGCGAAUUGUUGUAUAACCAUAUCGUCAACGAUAUCAAAAACUCCAAUGCGAAAGCAAAGAACAACAAGCUCAACAAAACCCUUCAAUCGUACAUGUUUACCAUGCUGGAAUCUUGCAAAACUGGUAACAGUGAGGAGAACAAAAUCGCAGCCAAGAAAAGUGUCGACGUUUGUAUCGAUCUGUACCACAAAAACAUUUGGAACGAUGCCAAAACUGUCAACGUGAUUGCCGAAGCUUGUUUUUCGCCUGUACCCAAGAUCGCCGUGACCGCCAUCAAAUUCUUUUUGAAUCACAACGAACAGGAAGAGGAAGAAGACGAGGACGAUGAUAUACCGGAUCUCAAGAAAAUGCAACAAGCCAAUCUUCAUAACAAAAAGACAAAAUCAAAAGCACGCAAAAUGGAAGCGGCAAUGAAAAAGGUCAAGCGAAAGAGCAAAAGCAAGGGCAAGGCCGAAUCCUUCAACUUCUCGGCUCUGCACUUACUCAAUGACCCUCAAGGUUUUGCGGAGAAAUUGUACUCAAAGUUGGCUUCCAAAGAGGAUCGUUGGGAAAUUCGCGUCAUGAAGAUGAAUCUGGUUUCUCGUGUGAUUGGUGUACAUCAAUUGACCUUGUUUGGCUUUUAUCCUCUUCUUAUCAAAUAUUUGCAACCCUCUCAGCGUGAUGUGACCAUGGUCUUGGUGGCGGCGGCACAAGCAUCCCAUGCCCUAGUGCCACCGGAUGUACUGGAACCGGUCUUGAAAGCCAUUGCGAAUCAGUUCAUCACCGAUCGUGUGUCCAACGAAGUCAUGGCCGUCGGUCUCAAUGGCAUCCGUGAAAUCUGUGUUCGUCAACCGUUGGCGAUGGACGCCACCUUGCUGCAAGACUUGGCCCAAUACAAGAACCAUCGUGACAAGGGCGUGAUGAUUGGUGCUCGAUCCCUCAUUGCUCUGUUCCGAGAAAUCAACCCUGAACUUCUUGCUCGUAAGGACCGUGGUAAAUCCGCUUCCAUGCGCAUGAAAGAUGGUUCCAUCAAAUCAUUCCAGUUUGGCGAAGCUGGUACCAUGGGUAUUGAUGGUCUCCAGGAUAUCGAGUUACUUGAAGAAGAAGGUCAGGAAGCCGAGGCUGGCGAAGAUGACGGAUGGGAAGGCUGGGAAGUCGAUGAAAGCAGUGACAGUGACAGCGACGACGGCUGGAUUGAUGUGCCCGAUGAUGAUACCGGCAAAUAUCUUGAUAUUCCCAUGAGCGAUGAUGAAAAGGAAGAGAACAAGACCGAAGACGGAGAACAGAAACCCAAGACGCGACGCAUUGGCAAACGUCAAUUGCGCAAGAUGCAGCAAGCGGACGAACGUGAAGAGUUGACAGAGGAAGAGAAAUUGAAGCUGAAAGCCGAAGCCGAAGCGCGACGUGCUGAGGAAGCCAAGAAGCAAGAAGCAGCACUUAAACUGGCCACGUCUCGUAUUCUUACCCCAGCUGAUUUUGCUAAAUUGAAUGAACUCAAGAUGAACAAGGAAGCCGAAGCGGUCGCCGGUAUCAAACGCACAGCUGAUGAAAAGGAACAAGAUGGACAAGUUGACGAAGGCACCAUUCUUGGUCCUCGUAAGAAGACAAAGCAGGACUACGAAGCAAGAAUGGCAUCCAUUCAAGAAGGCCGUGAAGGUCGUGAGAAGUUUGGUUCUCGCAAGGGCAAGAAGGAACGUGGCAGUACGACCAAUCGCGAGAAAUCGAGAAACAAGAAUUUCAUGAUGAUUGCCCACAAACGAUCGGUGGUUUCCAAGUCCAAGCGCAGUUUAUUCGACAAGCAGAAACAGUUGCGAGCCGCCAUUACCAAGCAAAAGAAGAUGAAGCAUUAAUGCGAUUGGCCGCUGGCAGACAUUUUCCAUCAUUUUUUUGGUUCAUUUUUGACCGUUUUUUCCUUUUUAAAAUGUAUAAGAGCAUCCAAAAAUCUGUUCCAUGUAACUCAUUUGUCUCUGUUGACAUUGUAUACAUAGUUCAUCAUCAUUUUCAGUUAUAGAAUCACGAUAUAAAAGCAUUUUCUAAUCAAAAAAUCCC